AUGGCUGCCGUCUGGCGUCCUAGAAUGGGUGUAGCAGCCAAAGAGCUCUUGAACAACACCUAUCUCUUUCAGUUCUUCCAUGACAUUGAUAUGCAACGCGUCCUCAACGACGGGCCAUGGUUUUUUGAGCAAAAUCGUCUCGUCCUCGCGAAAACCCAACCAGACAUUCCCCCCAUGGUUAUCCCACUCAACAUUGCUGACUUUUGGAUCCAAAUACAUGAUUUACCGCUUGGCUUCUUCUCGGAGAAAUCGAUCUCGGCUAUCGGAAACUUCAUUGGAGAAUUUAUCAGUAUUGACGAAGCUGCUCUCUCCGGCUGGCUGAAAUCUUUCAUUCGUAUUCAGGUCAGAAUUGAUAUAUCUAAACCUUUGGUCAGUCAGAAGCGUAUCAAGCGAAAUGGUGGUGAUUGGAGUUGGAUUUCAUUCAAGUAUGAACGAUUACCAAAUUUUUGUUUCAUUUGCGGUUUGAUCGGCCACACUGAGAAAUUUUGUGUCAAGCUCUUCGAAGGAUUCUCUCCAACAAUGGAAAAACAGUUUGGGCCAUGGCUACGAGCGCCUAAUCGCCGCCCGUCACCAGUGACCGGAAACAGGUGGGUCGUCUCCGACCAGACUGAGCGCUUAACGACAACUUUUCCCUCUGGGCAGAGCCAGGACAGCGUUGAGGGUGGUACAGGCGCAUAUCCCGGUCGGGUACAGAGGAGCACACAGUGUACAACUUUCCCAGUGAUGCAACACGUAGCCUCGGGUACUGCUGUACAACAUACGACUACUGGUAACGACAUAAACAUGGAGCAGGUGGACAACCGAAUUCCUUCUGAUGGGCUGGUCAUUCUAGACCAGAAGCGUAGACGGACUGAUACGUUUGGGCCUGAUGAGGAACCCAAUCUUGGGCCAACAGCUGAGCCCACAAUCUCUCCUUUUGAUCUGAAUGGACCUUCUAUUUUUCCAAAAAACUUGCCAAGGGCGGGACCUGCGGAUCAAGCUCACCCAGAACAAUGA